GUGCACAGUGUUUUUGAGGAAAGUAGUGGGAAAUCGUUUCUUAGAGCACUAUUCUGGCAGCGGUGAGUGCAUGUGCGGAGUGCGCAGGUGAGCAGACGGUCACAGCUGGGGGACGAAGGGCCAGGGGGGUGUGCAGGUUGGAAAUGCAGGGCCGUGCAGAGGAAGGGCUGUAUGUUUCUGCCUGCUCCGAGUCCUGAGCAGUCAACGCAUUGAGCGUGUUGAUCCAUCUCCGUGGGAUGGCGGUGCUGGGUGGGCACGCUGACAGGGCCAGGCAGGGUCCAGAGCUGUGAGUGCUGGCAGGCGGGGACUGGGGAGAAUGGGGAGAGGAAAUCUGUGUGCAGAACCAUUCCAGGAUGGUGUAAAAGCUGUUGCCCAGGCAGUAGACUUUCUGUAGGCAGUGCUGAAGAUGGAUCCGCCUUCCGAUAUCCUUGUUUGGAUGUGUUUUGUGUGCAGGUGAUGUUAAUGGUGCUGCAUUCCAUCGCGCUUUGGUCAGUCUUGGACGCUGGCAGAUGUGUGUGUGAGCGUGCGAAGGGCCUUGAGAGCACCGCGAGCUCGCUCUCUGGGUUCUCCUUCUCUCGUCGUCGCUCAGUGUUUGUCACUCACACACGCAGCCUCCAAACGCCCUUCUUCUCGCGCUCGGACACCGAUCUCCCAAUGAACGCCAGAAGCCGUCGUGGCCAGGCGGGAAGGGGGCGCUGUGCCCGGCCGGGCUCCCAAGAUGGCGGCCGGCGGCGGCGCUCUGGCCGCGUCGGUGGCGCUGGUGGCGCUGGUGGCGCUGGUGGCGGUGGCGGUGGCGGAGAGACGAGGCCGCACCGCGACGUGCUGAGCAGCGGGGAGAUCCGCGUCGUGCCCCUGUCGGAGCUGCGGUGCUCGCGAGUUUUUCUGAUGUUGAUCAGACUUCUACCACGUUGCCAUGCUUGCCAGGGCAGUCACAUGCAAGCACACACUCCAGGAAACAGUCUGCAGCAAGUUGUGAAGACAUAUGGCCUUCUUGAAAACCUCUCAAUGUGUUUGAAAGGGCUGCUGAAAGAGGCAACUUUGAAGCUGCUGUGAAGCUGGGGAUAGCGUACCUGUACAAUGAAGGCU